AUAUGCCUAGCAUGUCGGAAACAGCAACAUCUGACUUCCAAUCAGAAACUUGUGAUGUGACUGAUUCUUCUCCAUCUUCCACCUCCCCAUGGUGACGAAAUCCUAACCCUAACCCCAAGCAUUCAAAAACAUACAGUAUAUACUUGAUGCCAUACACAUACACAUACGUACACGCAUAUCUCCCUGUCUUCAAUGGAACACUUCCAAUCAACCGCCACCACCGCCAACGACGACAACGACCAUUUUUUCGACGCACUCGACGAUUUCCCCUUCUACGAUUGCGUCGACACGAUCGAACCAAACUCAGGCCCAACUUCUCAUCCAGAAGCUGCCGCCGCCGCCUCCUCGCUCGAACGAAAGCCUUCGCCGGAGAUUCCCCAACCCUCCGGCCUCCAGCGCCGGCGUUCGUGGUCUCAGCACGUCCGAAACGACGCCGCCGGUAACGAUUCGAAGAAUUCUAACCAUAAUUCUACCGUAAGUCGCCAUUCCACGUCACGCGUGGAGAGAAAGUAUAGGGUUUCCAGAAGUUUGAAGGAAAAUGAGAGGGCAGGUGAAAGACCUGAUUCGAUCCGUAGCGUAGAUGAGAAGACGAAAGAGAGACCUGAUUCGAGCCGUAGUGUAAAUGAGGAGACGAAAGAGAAUUCGACGGUUACGACCGUAGAUGAUGAUAGAGUCGACGAGCCAGCAGGAGUAGAAUCGGCUUCCGGCGGAGCUAAUGAACGUUCAUUUACUUUCCUAUUUGUCUUAGCUGGAUUGCUGAUCAAGGCAAUCGCGUUUCAAACAAGUUUAUUAGUGAAUUUUGUCACAUUUCCAAUAUGGUUGCUCUACUGCGGAUACACGUUUGUCAUUGAUCCGUUUCGAGCUGUUAGGCACGCUAGAGAGUACGGGAUGGCUAGAGUGUUGAGAAUGUGGGGUAUUAUAGGGGAUACUGUUACGCCGUUUGUGUAUGAAUGGUUGAAGGAACACAAAUCUGUAUGGAGAAUGGCUUUGCGGUUUGGUUGGGGGUUUCUUUGGGCGUCUUAUGUGUGUGUUGUUUUGAUUACUUUGUUGGUAUCGGCGUUUGUUGUUAGUGGUUUUAUGGUGAGGCAUUUGGUGGAGGAGCCUAUUCAGAGGAAGGAGACACUUACUUUUGAUUACACGAAGAAUAGUCCCGUUGCACAUGUGCGGCUCAUAUCUUGUCCAGGGGAGCCUCGUGGUGUGACAAAUACAGAAAAUAUUGGGUUGGAGAAUGUUGGGGCACCACGGGUUAUACCUCCAAAACACAAAUUGCAAGUCACUGUUGCAUUGACAUUGCCAGAGUCAGAUUACAAUAGAAAUCUUGGGAUAUUUCAGGUUAGGGUUGACUUCCUCUCUGCUAGUGGUAAAGCCCUUGCAAGUUCGAGCAAACCAUGUAUGUUGCGAUUCAAGAGCGAGCCUGUCCGCCUUCUCCUCACUUUCCUUAAGGUCGUUCCUCUUCUCACUGGCUAUUCAUCAGAAUCACAGACUGUGAAUGUAAAAUUUAGAGGGUUCACUGAAGGAGACAAUCCCACUGCCUGUUUGAGGGUAAUGAUCGAACAAAGGGCAGAAUUCCGGCCUGGAGCCGGUGCACCACAAAUAUACGAUGCAUCAUUAACCCUUGAGUCGGAACUACCUCUGCCAAAAAGAAUUAUAUGGUACUGGAAAAAAACAGUUUUUAUAUGGAUUGGCAUGAGUACAUUGACAAUGGAGUUGCUGUUUAUGCUACUCUUCUGCAGACCUAUUAUCAUGCCCAGCAUAAGGCCUAGAGAUGGUUCUGCCAACCGUAGCACUUUGCAAAACCAUCACCCAGCUCAAAGGUAGCUUCUGUAAAUUUUGUGAUGACGGAAGAAAUGAUUUGAUCUCCCUCGCUGUAUUCUGCGAUAUCUGAAAGUGUGUUUUAUUAGGCAUGGUCCUCAAUCUUUGUUGUUGCACAAUUAUUUUAUUUGUUCAACCAAUGUAUAUAUGUCAUCUUUGCCAUAGCCAUUGUACAUAGCAACUGCUAGAGAGAAAUCUAAUAAUAAGUCGGAAAUUAUAAGCC